AUGGCUAAUUGGACAGUCGAUCAAGUUGGAAACUGGCUAAGAACCAAUAAUUUAGAGAGAUAUAUCGAAAACUUCAAAAAUGAAGAUAUCGAUGGUAUUGCUCUGAUCGGUUUAAAUGAAAAUGAUAUUUUAAAAUUAUUAUCUACAAUCGAUGAAGAUGGAACAAUAAAGAACUCUACAAUGAGAACACAGCGUAAAUUUAAGGCAGCAUUAGAACAGUAUAGAAAGUUUGUAACACAGGAGAGAAAGAAACUUGGGAGAAGACGUUCAAUAGAAAAUAAAGAGCUUGAUGCAAGUAUACACGAUGGUACAAAAAAUGUAUUGAUGAAACCUUCAAGAAAUAUAUUUCAUACAAUCGAUAAUGUAGGAACAUACUCAAGAUUAUAUACUGUUGAACCAAUGAAUAUUAGUAUGAAAUUCUUCACCAGUGAAUCAAUUAGUUCAUACUUAACAAAAUAUUAUCUAAAAAAGUAUAACGUUAGAUGUUAUAUACCAAUGCAACAUCAAUUUCAUACACAAGUUUCACUAUCCAUUAAAUUAUCGGGAAUCAAAGAGAAUGUCAAAAGUGUUCACCAUGAUCUGCAAUCAUUAUUUGAAACAAUUAAAACAAAAAUUUUCAAUGAUGAAGAUAAAGAUAAAAAAAUUGUGCGGUGGUCUCGAUAUAUCUAUUCAGAUUCUAUUCUUACAGUUUUACAAAAAAUCUUUGUCGAUAAGAAAAAAUUAACAGUCUGGGAAAAAACAAGUAUAUUAUCCGGAUUCUACAUCGUUCAUUAUACUAGUGGCCAACAUAUGUUUAGUGUUUCAGAAGAAUUUAUUAAUCAAACACUUAAUAAUGAGAUAUCUUAUGUUAAAGAUAUUGUUAUAGAGAAUAUGGAAAGUAUUCAACCGAAAUUUCGAAAAGAAUUAAAAGAAUUAAUUAAUGAAAAAAAACAACAUCAACUACAAAAUCCAACAAUGUCUAUUAUUUAUUGUCAAUAUCCUUCUCAAACGGAUAUGAAAAUAAGCUUUUUUGGAUUAAGAAAUCAUGUUGACCUUGCUAAAAAGCAGAUUAAACUGUUGAUUAACAAACAUCGAAUGAGAACAAUAUGGAUUGGACUUGAUUCAAAACAACGUGACUUACUAGUAGAUAACUAUAUGCAUGAAUUAAAAAAUGUAGAAUUCAAUUAUAAAGAUGAUAAUCUUAAAAUUAAUAUUCGUGAAAAUAUAAUUACUGCUCCACAAUAUUUAAUUAUGAAAAUAAAACAAUUAGUUCAAUCAAUGAUUUCACCAACAAUUACUCUGAUUUAUCGACACAUUAAAAAUUCUUGUACAUUUACAGAAAAAGAUCAUUCGAAAUUAAAAAAUCUUGCUGAAAGUUAUUUUUGUGAAAUUGAUAAAAUCAAUAUAGAAACAAAGAAAGAACUUCUAUUAUUACCUAAAGGACAGGCAAAAUCAACGUCAAAAUCUAUUAUUAAAGAAUCAAGCCAAUUCUAUUCUUCCUUGUCAAUAUGGAGAAAACUCGCUGUAUCAAAUCAUACAAUAGAGAUUCAUAAAUCAUAUUAUUUUAAAGUUGAUGUUACAAUUAUAUCAACCGUAGUAGACGCCAUUAAAGAAAAAAUUGACCCAAAAUAUGGAAAUGGUUAUUUUGAAUCUGAUACUGGUAAAAGAGUUUUAUUUAUUGAUUGGUCACCAUGCAUUUUACAAAAAGACAAUCAUCAGAUAAAUGAAUCAAUAAAAAAUUUCAUUUCUACAUCAAUUCAACAAAUAGAUAGACUCUGUACAAAUGUUGUCGAAACAAUUGGAUUCGCAACAACAGAUUGGGAAAACUAUAACAAUAGAAAACAAUUAAUAGAAAAUAUUCUGCAUGAAAUGAUAAAGCAACUUUCAAUUCGCGACUUUUCUAAUCUUUCAUGGAAAAUAGUAUUUCUAUUUAAUGAUGAACAAAAUGAUCUUUUUAAUGAAUUUUCACAAGCUAUUUUAGCAUUACAAACAGAUAGAGAUAAUUAUGAACAAUUUUUUUAUCCAAUAUCAAGUACGUCACAAUUGAAAUUAAGAAAAUAA